AUGUUCUCCGGAAACCAAAUCUUUCAACUCGCGACUCUCGCCGUCACGAUCGAAUCAGCAGUAGCCAUCACCGGAAUCGGCUGCUGGACUGACAACGCAAACCGUGCCCUGCAAGCAAAUUCGCUAACAUCCGGCGAUAUGACGACGGAACUAUGUGCCAGCUUCUGCAACGACUACCCUAUUUUUGGGACUGAAGAUGCGAAUCAGUGCUUUUGUGGGUCUCAGCUCUCGACUGGAGCGAUCUUUCAGGAUCCUUCUUGGGUUGGGUGUACGUUGGCUUGUGCUGGGAAUAAGAAUGAAGUCUGUGGUGGACCGUGGGCAUUGAAUCUUUAUAUUCAUUAA